AUGAAAAAGCCCACUCCAGUCUCAGAGCGUAACUCCCAAGUAACUGCUAGUCUCUUCGGUAUUUCCGAUUCUGGUGUUUUCUACUCGCCAAUGGUCAUGUUCCUUGUUCUGAAGAAAGAUAAAAAAAUGAUAUGCACCACGAGGCCACAGGAAUUGAGCUUAACAUGUGAAAUUUCCAAAAAUAAGAUACAUAGUCUUUCUGAAUUUCCCCAAUUUUCACUAACUCCGGUCCCAAAUAAUUUACACGAGAUGUCUGAGUGGGGGAACUUUUUGAAUUACCUGUGUAAAAAAGACAAGGUUGCUCUUAUAAACUUUGAGCAGUACCAAUUUUACAUUCUACCUCCUGCAUUAGUUUCAACAUCAAGCUCAGUCAAUGUUGCAUAUAAUAUAGAUAAUACAGUCAAUGUUGCAUAUAAUAUAGAUAAUACAGGUUCUGUAGAUACUCGUCCAAGGGAUAGUGAAUCAGGUUCACAGUUAGAGGAAUGCGGUGGACCAAAUACAGCUGAAGGUCUUAAGUUUUCUCGAGCUGAAGAAACUUGCAACGAAUAUCAAUCUAGAGUCCCUCUAAAAAAUUUCAUACGGGCAGACCCAAGUUACCUUAAAACUCUUGGCCAGGCUCAUUCUGGAUGGAUUUUUGGUGCAAUUGCUGAGCUUGUUGAUAAUUCCAAGGAUGCCAAAGCAACUAAAAUGGACAUUUUUGUAGAUAUCAUCCAGUUGAAGAAAUCUCGGAAGGAUGUUCCGAUGCUGUGUCUUAUUGAUGAUGGUCAAGGGAUGAACCAUGAUGAGGUUAUGAAAAUGGUAUCUUUUGGGCACAAGCAAUCUCAUAAAGUUGACACGGACCGCAUUGGCAAAUUUGGUGUUGGAUUCAAAACAGGAGCAAUGAGGCUUGGGAGAGAUGUUCUGGUUCUAACACAAACAACUACUUCCAGAUCUCUAGCUUUUCUUUCACAAUCAUUGAAUGAAGGCAAAGAUAAUAUUGAAAUUCCCAUAGUCAGCUAUUGCCGACAAGGACAACGUAUGGAAAUUGACCUAAGUAUGCAGUCUGAAGCUUUGGCAAAAUACAAUUUGAAAGCUAUUAAGGAUUUUUCACCAUUUAACAAGUAUCUUAUUGGUGAAAAGGCAGCCCUGUUUGGUACUGGUACAGGAACACAAAUAUACAUAUGGAACUUGGAUGAAUGGGGAUCAAAGUAUUGUUUAGAAUGGCAUGAUGGACUAAAAGGUGGGAGUUCUUUUCACCAAGGUGACAUUCUUAUCCGAAGCAAGAGGACUCGUUCUCGUCCAGGCCAGAUUAGUCAAAAGGUACCAUUGGAUUACUCACUACGAGCUUAUUUAGAAAUUAUAUUUUUAGUUCCUCGAAUGAAGAUAAGUGUACAAAGAACAUUGGUUAAAAGUCGACCAUUAUCAAAAUUCCUUACUCAAACUAUUGUUGAAACUGGUGACAUCUUGAGAAGGCCAGUUGAAUUAAUUCUUGGAUUUAGUCAAUUAGAGUGGGAGCGGGCCAACUGUGGAAUGUUUUUGUAUUGGCAUGGUCGCCUAAUUGAGGCUUACAAGAGAGUUGGUGGAAUGACUCAUAGUGCAGAUGUUGGCCGGGGUGUAAUUGGUGUUGUUGAUGUGACCAAUUUAAUGGAUGACGAGGAUGGCCGGGUGUGGGUACACAAUAACAAGCAGGGAUUCCAAGACUCAGAACAAUAUGCAUGUCUUGAGCAGUGGCUGAGUAGAAAAGUAGAUGAAUACUGGGACAACAAUUUUGACGCCCUUGAGUUGAACAAAGAUAAUUGUGUCUUCAAACCUGAUCAUGAGUGGGUUCAAUGUGACAAGUGCAGAAAGUGGAGAAUAUUACCUACAGACUUUGAUAGCAGAAAAUUGCCUUUGGAAUGGUUUUGUUAUAUGAAGCCUUUCAAAGGUCAUUGUUCAGAUUCUGAACAGAAGAUGGCGCCGGGCAUAGUUAAUGUUUCCACAAAGAGGUCGGGUUAUGCUUGCUUGUUGAAGGAUUCCAACGAUAAAAAGGUGGAAGGUGUUGGGAAAACCUCUGGCGCAGGUUAGACUAUCUAUCAGAAUAAAGAACGAAAUCAUACUC